CAGCUCACCGAAGGUAUAUAAGGUUCCCGGACCGCGCGGAUUUUAGACAUUUGCCGGUCGUUGCCUGAAUGGUAGGAGGUGCGCGGUCCUUCUCGUUCCUCGCCCCCCGACCCGCCGCUGCAGGAUCGAGGCUCCCCACCUCCGACUUUACCGAGUUUCCCCCCUCGUCCUCUCCGUCUUGGCAUCACCGAUGAGGCCGAAUGAAGAGUCGGAGGUGGCCACGUUGGCGCCGCGCUUGGAGGAGCUGAAGCGGCAGGCGGGCGAGUGCAUUGAGGCGGCGGCGGCGGCGCUGGGCGAGCUGAGCCGGGCGAUCUGGAGCCGGCCGGAGCUGGCCUACGAGGAGCGCCAGGCCCACGCCUCCCUGACGCGCUUCUUCGCCAGCCGCGCGGCGUGGUCGGUGCAGCCGGGCUACCAGCUGGAGACGGCCUUCCGCGCCGACUGGGCCUGGGCGCCCCCCGACCCCGGCUCCCCCGACCACCCCCGGGCCCCCCUCCGCCUGGGCUUCCUGUGCGAGUACGACGCCCUGCCCGGCAUCGGCCACGCCUGCGGCCACAACCUGAUCGCCGAGGUGGGCGCCGCCGCCGCCCUGGGCCUGAAGGGCGCCCUCGAGAGCCUGGCCGCGCGCCCCCCAGGAGGGACCCUCCGCGCCCCCGCCGUCAAGAUCACGGUGCUGGGCACGCCUGCCGAGGAAGAUGGAGGAGGCAAAGUCGACUUAAUCAAAGCUGGAGCUUUUAAUGAUCUAGAUGUUGUUUUCAUGGCUCACCCCUCCCAAGAAGAUGCUGCUUAUUUGCCUGAUGUAGCAGAACACGAUGUGACUGUGAAAUACUAUGGAAAAGCUUCUCAUGCUGCUGCUUACCCUUGGGAAGGAGUAAAUGCAUUAGAUGCUGCUGUUCUUGCAUACAACAAUCUGUCACUUUUAAGACAGCAAAUGAAACCAACCUGGAGAGUUCAUGGUAUAAUAAAGAAUGGAGGUGUGAAACCCAAUAUCAUCCCUUCAUAUGCUGAAUUAGAAUUUUACUUGCGUGCCCCUUCAUUAAGAGAACUCGCAAUCCUCACCGAAAAAGCAGAGAACUGUUUUAAAGCUGCUGCGCUGGCCACUGGAUGUGAAGUGGAGCUACAAGGUGGAGCGAAUGAUUAUUACAACGUGCUUCCUAACAAGAGCCUGGAAAAAGCUUACAUGGACAAUGGGAAGAAACUUGGCAUGGAAUUUAUCUCAGAUGAUAACUUGAGUGGGCUGUCAGGUUCUACUGACUUUGGAAAUGUUACCUUUGUGGUUCCUGGGAUCCAUCCCUAUUUUUACAUUGGCUCAGAUGCACUGAACCAUACUGAGCAGUACACAGUGGCUGCAGGGUCAGAUGAAGCACAGUUCUACACCUUGCGGACAUCCAAAGCUUUGGCAAUGACUGCGCUGGAUGUUAUUUUCAAGCCAGAUCUGUUGGAGAGAGUUAGAGAAGAUUUCAGAGUAGUAAAACUGAAUGAGGAAGGUAACAUGAAUGCAUCUGAUCGUGGAAAUGGGUCUCUUCUUGGAAUUGGAGCUGCAUGUGCCUCACGUUGAAGGACAGCACUUCACAAGUUUAAACUCAAUAGAAUAUCUUGAAUUGUUCUACUUGAAUUCUAGAGAAUGUGUAAUAGCUGAAAAGAUGCUGACAUUUUAAGUGGCGCAACUAAAUGACCUCAGUGUACUUCUGAAAUAUCUGUGAUUUAAUGUCAUGGAACUGCUUUAAUUUGGCAGACAAAAUUACAUAAUGAUUUCUCUGCAGUGUUUGAAAAUGUGCUGAAUACCUUAGCUUUGCACAUUUUUUGCAAGAUAACUUUUGAAUUGCUGGUACAAUUUCUGAAAAUUUGAGUUACUAUAGUGAAUGCUGCCUUAUCAAGAAACUAUGGAAGUAGUUGUAUGUUCAGCUUACUAUAUACAAAAAACCAAACGCAAACAAUCAGGAAAAACUAGUGUACUUGAUACAUAUAUAUGUGUUUAACUGAGGUUUUUAAAGAAGUUGAUGCCAAAGGCAACGUGGCUAUUAUUCAAGAUAUGAUCAGAUUAUCAGGUCAGAAAUUUGUUUCUGCUUCCAGAUUCUCACAUUAUUUGAGACUUGAGAACUCAGUAUUUGAGAAUACAGCAUUUACUUCUUGAUUUUGAUCAUUUUUCUGAAUGAUUAUAUUGUAAUUAAUUGAUAUUUCACUUGUAGUUAGCACUCUUAUUCUGUACAAUCUGUAUACUUUGUAAGUCACAUAAAUCCUACAGUAGUUGUACAUAACAAAAAUCAGGAUUCUUGGUUCUGAUGAACUACAAGUAUAAUAGUACAGAUCUUUCCCAUCUUCUUCCAGCAACAUCCAUUUGAUUGCAAAAACCUGGUGCAUGGGGAUGGGAUAAAAGCGUUGAGACAAACUUCUACAGGAGACUGCAAAAGGACAGGAAACUUGGCUGAAAUUGGCCCCAACUCAUUAUCACUAGUGGCACUUCCAUUGGGGGAAGAGCUCCAGUGCAGAAGAUGGAAGUCUGAUUUAAUCAGAUUCUGUCUCCCCAUAGUGACACUUAUGCCCUGUAGUGUUUGUCUUCAAGGUUCUCCCAUCCCUCAUCAUCAGGUCUUAAAUGGCUGCGGUAAAAGAUAGGUAGGUGAGCCUGUUCUGGUUGUAGGAUGCAACCCAAUGACAUGGCUCCAGCAGAGCAUUUCAUGGGUAGGAUUUCUGCCCCAGCAUACAACUUUCUCACUUCCUGUUGCAGCUCAAAAUUAUGGUUACAUAAGAAAGUUGCUCUUCAUGGAUAGAAAUCCUUCCACAGACAGAAAGACUCCACUUAAUUCAACACCAUGUUUUUAAAAUAGGGUACCUUGUUCUUUACAAAAUGCUUAAGACACUAUUUAUUUGGAGGUCUUGUUUACCUCUGAGUUCAUUACAUAUUAAAGGUAGGUGGCUGCUUCUGUUAGUUAAAGAUGCUUUUUUUCUUUUUUGUAUUUACAAAAUCAAAAUGGACCUCACCUGGCUAGCCCAGGGUAGUCUGAUCUUGGAAGCUAAGCAGGGUUGGUCCUCGUUAGUGUUGAGAUGGGAGACCUCCAAGAAAUCCCAGGGUUGUGACGUGGAGGCAGGCAAUGCCAAACCACCUCCGAACAUCUCUUGCCUUGAAAACCCCAGUAGGGGCUGCCAUAAGUCAGCUGUGACUUGACUGCACUUUUUACCCUGAAGCUCAUUGCAGAAAACACCUUGCUAUAUAGUCUUGUCAUGACUAUAAAUGGCAGAUCGGUAAAUGUAAAUGGAAAAAUAAUUCAGUUCCUUAAUUCAAUACAGACUAGAUUGUUAUAAAGAACUAUAUGUUGGUCAUAUACAGGUAAAAGUAUCCUUAUGAUUCCCCCCAUGCAGUGGUGACCUCAUAUAAACUGGAGAGUGUAGCAUUUUCCACAUUUUUUAUUGUAUAAGGGAGAGAAGUUUCAUUUGCAGCUAUUCUGGAAUAGCUGCAAAUGUCAAUCUCCAGAACAUAGAUCUCCCUUUAAUUUUAUUCUAUAUGGAUAUUCAUUUUUAGAAAGGAAUUACCAAUAACGUUGGCAGUUAGACCUUACUAUGAGACUACCAGCAGGUUUUUAAAAAUGUUUAGACGACAUCUGUAGAAAAGCUAUUUGUAAGCUAAUCUAGAUGGCAGCAGUUUCCUCCCCUUCCCCAAAACAAAUAUAACUGCAAAAAACACAGCACAUUUUGAGCCUGGGCUGUUGAACUACAGUGGGGUAGACAAAUGGAUGAAAAGCUAUGUUAAAGUCUGUGGAACUCACACUAGGUUUUACUACACCUGAGCUUGUGCUCAAACCAGCACCUGGGCCAAAAGUGAGCAACCAUUAGAGCAUGCAGGUAGCCAGCCUUAUAGCUGUAAUUGUCAGCAAUCUAUGUUAGAUCUUCCUGUUUGAUUCAGAUGGAGCUGUUCGAUCUUCACUGUGAAAAGUGAGGACAUCUUGUAGCGGUGAUUCCCACCCCUUUCUUCAGGAAGGCAGGGACAAAAAUAUUUCUAUUUCCUGUCUCCAUGGUGGGAAUCAUCAUCCUCCAGUUCAAACUCUGAAGAAAAUUAAAAAAUAACUAUCUGGAAAGACAACUGUAACUUGCACAACAACUUGGAAAUAUAUAAAGUAGAAGCAGAGGAGAGAUAGGAUAGUAAUGAAACAAUGAUUUGGGGAGGGGUAAGAUGUCCUCCAAAUCUCAGAGGAGAAGGGCCUUUUACAGUGAAUAACCAACAGCCCCUUUCCCCUUUCUCUUUCUAAGGAAGGAGGAUAUUUUGUAUGAGACCUUCCAAAGCAGUGUCCCUUGAGAUCAGGUAUUUCAUCGACUAAGAUUCUAUUAUAUGCUGUAGUACUUUCCCACGAAAGGCUGCACCUGCAGGACUGUAUGUAUUUAACUUACAAUGUCUAACAAAGGGGGGAGAUGCAUCUCAAAACUUGUUUCAGUUUCUCCUCUCUUUGUAAAAACCCAUCCAAGAUUUUUCUCACACAGCUUCAACUCCUUCACACACAGAGAUCUCUUUCUCUGUGUUCAGCACAGACACUUCACAGUUGCUCCCUCUGUCUCCACCCCCUUUUAUAAUCUUUCUUUCUUUUUCCCCCCCAAGCACUCCUCACAAAACCCAGUCACAGCUCACCUGCCUUUUUAUGGCCACUCCCUCUCUUCUAUUCAGCACUCAGUUUAAAGCCACUCAAACCUACAAUCAUUUCAAUGCAACCUUAAAAUCUUUACAUCUUUCCCCCUGGGUCUUAAAGUGAACCACAUCUCUUUUCCCAGAGUGAUGUGUUCAGCUUCUUCCAUUGUUUGUAGUAUCUUCCAAGUUCUGGGAAAGUCUAAUCAAUUGUCCAGUUCAUUUUGAAAGUCUUACAUUUCUUGAUGGCUCCUUUGUUCUUUACCAGGGCAUUACCAUUCUCAUCUGUGAUGCUUCACUGCUGGGCUGAGGUCCUCUCCUCCGCUGGGUUGGUCAUCAGCUGUGCUGAGGUCAUCUCCUCCACUAGACUGUUGUUUACGCUGAGUAGUCAGCUCUAUAAUCUGCUCUGGUCUGCUUUCAUACCGGACAAGGAUUCCGCUCUAACGUUAUCCUUGCCCUUGAGAUACUGGAUGUUAAUAUUAAACUCUUGUAUGUACCGAGACCAUCUUUGAAACUGUGUUCUUUGCCAGGCAUUUCUGUCAUACCAAAGUUUUUGUUUGACCUGAGCCGUAGCCAUGUUUAUUUGCACUUGUUUCAUCAUUUCCAUUUUCUCUCUGAAACUUAAUACAUACUCCACCACAGAUGUUUCCUGUCUGAUAGUUUACCUUCCCACUCUUCCCUUUGUAAAUGGAGAGACCCCCGUGUAUCUCUUUCUUAGAUUAAUUCAAAUGGGGAGAAUCCAGUGGAUUCUUGAGGUACCUCUUUGUAUGCAAAAAGGAAAUAGGGUAGUUUGUCAUCCUAGUCAUUUGGAUGAUCUUGCACAUAGGUCUUAAUCAUGGUCUUCAAAUUACCAUUGCAUUUCUCUACAAGGUCAUUGGUCUGUGGGUGAAAAGUGGUGGUCUUCAAGUAUUUUAUGCCAUAGUAUUCCCAAAUGGCUUGCAUUACUUCAGACAGCAACACUGUUCCUUGAUCAGAUCAGAUCUCCAAAGGGAAUCCUAAUCUCGUAAAUAUCUUUAAAAGUGCCUCUGCUACUGAUUUCACAUCUACAGAGGUUAAAGCUUCGGCCUCUAGGUAUUUUGUUGCAUAGUCUAUUGAAGUUAAAACAUAAUGCUGUCCCUUUUGUGUAGGCUUAGGUAGGGGUCCCCCAAUAUCAAUUCCCGCGCUCUGAAAGACCUCCCCUAUAAUGGGUAAGGGCUUUAAAGGUGCUUUGGCUUUAUGUCUCUGUUUUCCCACCUUUUGACAGAUGUCACAGCUCUGGCAGUACUUUUUAAUAUCUUGGGAUAUUCUGGGCCAAUAGUACUCUUUCAGUAAUCUUUUCUUUGUUUUCCCAAUUCCAAAAUGAUCUGCACACACAAUAUCAUGUGCCAUUUUCAUCAGGGAUUGUCUGUAUUUGGUAGAAAUAACCAAUUGUUUUGCAUAGUUCCAAUUUGGCUUAGCCUCAGGCUUCACCAUUCUGUGUAUAAGCCCAUUUUCCCAUACAAAGUGAUAGAGUUUAGAUUUAGAUUAUUCCUGAUUCGCCUGUUCUUUAAUAUCUUUUAAACCAGGAUCUCUUAAAUUUGUUGUCUAAGCUCCUUAGAAUUUUUAUUUAUUGCUGUUCCAAGUUUCUGUGUAUUUUAAGUCAAACCAGCACAAUUAGUUAAACUGUUCUGUGCCUGUAAUGUAUCCUUUUCGUUGGUUGCUAGGAUACAGUUGGGCCUGCUCUGGCGAAACAGAGUCUGUACAGAUCUAGAACAUGGACUUAGCCCCUAUAAUGUCUCUUGCCAAUAAUACUGGUACCUUUUGAUCAGGUACAACUGCCACAGUAAAUAAUUCUUUUUUACCCCUCCAUUUAAUUGGCACUUUUGCUAAAGGUACAGUUCUAGAGUUUCCCCACACUCUUUGCAAGGAAAUCUGUUUGUUGGGAAUCAUGUUUUCUUCAGUGACCAAAUCCUUUCUGACUAGGGUUAUUGAAGCCCCUGUGUCUAAAAUGGCCAAGGUAUCUUUCCCAUUCACCUAAACCACUUCCCUUAUUUCAGAAUCUGGCACAAUCCUAUUUACUUGCACUCUACAAAAAUACAUAGAGUCUUGUUUAUUUUUAGCUGAGAGAUCAUUCUCAGUGACUCCUUUGGUCACAACUGUUGGGUUUAGAGAGCUCCUAACCUCCUCCCUCUCUCUUUUUUGAGCUGGUUCUAAUAACUCACCUCACAUGCUCAGGGGAAGUAGACUUAAGUUGUCUCUUGUGACAAUUAAGGAUAAAUGUCCUUGGAGGCCACAAAUAUAACACGUUCUCUCCUUAUAAUAUUUGUUCCUAUCCCUAUCUGUAGCCACACUCUGUCUUUUUGAAAUCUCAAGACUUUACAUACGUGUUUCUAUUUUUUUCAUCUAAUUUGCUCCUGGAAUUAGAAGAUAGCUUAUAAGGAGCAAUUUUCCUUUCAUGAUGAUCCCAACCUCCUCUAUUAAGAAUCAGUCUGUCAGCAUACUCUGCUACCUCAUUGACAUGAUGUGAAAAGCUUACCUUUUACCAAAAGUCUGAUCUCUGAAGGAAUUUGAAACAAAAAUUUAUCUAAAAUAAUUACAUCUCUCAUUCCCUCUUUAGUAUUAGCUUUGGCACUGAAGUCUACUUAUCAAAAUACAGGGGCGUAACGAGGCAAACUGUAGCCCUGGGCAAAACCUGAGUUGGAUGCCCCCCCCCCCCCCAAUGGGCAGCCACUCCACCACAACCAAAUUUUUUUUUGCACCAGGAAAUUGGUGCCUGC